AAGUAUCACCAUCGCAAGGGGCCGCACAAGACCAGGGAGCUCUCACAGUGUCGCUCCAGCGCCUCCAGACCCAAACCCCAGAACCCUGCGAUGAAGAUAUUCCCGACCCCUAUACUCUCACUGCGACGCGCGUUCGAAUGAAAGGCUCCCGGUUUGUGGGCAUCUUGUAAAUAUGGCGGAAGACAACCCCGAGCUUCAGGCCGCUUUGCGGGGUCUUGACAGGGAAUUCGAGGAGGGUGAUAUCACGGAGAAAGGUUACCAGAAACGCCGGACCGUCCUCCUUUCGUCAUUCUUUGGACCAAACAUGGCCUUGGACGUCAAUUCUCAUAAUUCGGGGGGCCAAUCUUCUUCCUUGAGCAGCUCAAGCAAUGUUCCACAAGCAAUUCUCAAUGUCCGUCCGCCAACGGCGGAAUCUACAAGCCAAGGCAUGUCUGCUCAGGCUUACGCGGAUGAGCAUGAGCGAAUGCAUGGCAACGGAAGCUUCGGAUUCGAUCGAAGAGUUAGUGGAGAUACCCAGGCAUCGAUGGAAGAUCAUGGUUCAGCGUACUAUGGCAGAGAGAAUGCGAUGUUGCAGCCUCAUGAGCGAAUGCCAUCGUCAAGUUCGUAUGACUCUCUUCUUUUCCUUCCAAAAUCCCAACAGGCCCCGGCAGCUCCAGAAGAUCCAAGAACAGCAACCCUUUUGAGCCAGAAUUAUGCGUUCAGUCCUGGUAUGCCGCAGGAAUAUAUGGAAGACCCCAUGGGAGGCUAUGACAUGCCCCCGGGUGCUAUCACGCGACAGUCGACGAUGCUUGAUUCGCAACAAGGCUUUUUCUCCGAUUUUGCCGGCCAGCAGCAUGAUGAUUAUAGAGACAGCUACGGGGGCGGUGGCUUCCACCGUUACUCUCAGUCAGAUGCAUUUUCUCCUACAGCAAACAUGGCCCCGCCAUUGAUCCCCGCCUCAGACCUUCCUCAAGGGGAAACAAUCGAUCAUUUGCUUCCACUCGAGCCGCGAGACAUUCCAUUUGCAGUCAACGACCCGCACGAUAAAAACACACCUAUGUCCAAGUUUGACAACAUCCCUACGGUACUCCGGCACCGAGCCCGCGCUCAUCCCAAGCAAGCUGCCUACUGGGUCUUGGACCAGAAGGGUAAGGAAAUUGCAUCAAUCACUUGGGAGAAGCUCGCCAGUCGUGCGGAGAAAGUUGCGCAGGUCAUCCGGGACAAGAGUAAUCUAUACCGUGGUGACCGUGUGGCCUUGAUUUACCGAGAUACCGAGGUCAUUGAAUUUGCCGUCGCGCUUAUGGGCUGUUUUAUCGCUGGAGUCGUUGCUGUACCGAUAAACAGUCUCGAGGACUACCAAUCGCUCAACCUAAUCCUUACUUCGACCCAGGCGCAUCUUGCCUUGACUACGGAGAACAACCUCAAAAACUUCCAGAGAGAUAUUACAACCCAGAAGCUAAACUGGCCAAGAGGUGUGGAAUGGUGGAAGACCAAUGAAUUUGGCAGCUAUCACCCGAAGAAGAAGGAUGAUGUUCCGCCUCUUGUGGUUCCAGAUCUGGCUUAUAUUGAGUUCUCGCGUGCUCCAACCGGAGAUCAGCGUGGUGUAGUCAUGAGUCACCGAACAAUCAUGCACCAGAUGGCGUGCCUCAGUGCAAUGAUCACUACAGUUCCUGGGGGUAGCAGCAACUAUAAACCGCAUGGAGAAACUAUCAUUACCUACCUUGACCCCAGACAGGGCAUCGGUAUGAUUUUGGGUCUUCUUCUUGCCGUAUACGGUGGCCAUACGAGUGUCUGGCUUGAGGAUAGAGCCGUUGAAACCCCAGGUCUUUACGCUCAUCUUAUCACAAAGUACAGGGCCACUAUCAUGGCUGCGGAUUACCCCGGGUUGAAAAUAGCUGCCUAUAACUACCAGCAGAAUCCGAUGGCGACAAGGCAUUACAAGAAAAACUCCGAGCCUAACUUCGGAAGCGUCAAACUUUGUCUCAUUGACACACUUACCGUUGAUCCUGAAUUCCAUGAAAUCCUCGCAGAUCGAUGGCUAAGACCAAUGAGAAACCCGAGAGCCAGAGAGAUCGUUGCUCCAAUGCUAUGCCUACCCGAACACGGUGGUAUGGUGAUAAGUGUACGAGAUUGGCUGGGCGGCGAAGAACGGAUGGGAUGUCCGUUAACCCAUGAAAUGGAUCCGGCCGAGCGUUUAGAUGCUAAAAAAGAGGAAAAGAAGUCUGAGAAGGCGGAUACUAAAGGCGGAUUUGGUAGUAGUCUACUAGGCGGUGGUGCGCCUGCUCCAGCCCCUAAGGAACAGGGAAAGAAUGAAAUUGGAGAGGUACUUCUCGAUAAAGAGGCCUUGAAAAGCAAUGAGAUUGUGGUCUUGGCUAUGGGUGAAGAGGCCAAAAAAUUCGCUGGAUCCAUGACACAUGCUGUGCGCGUCGGCUCAUUUGGUUACCCCAUUCCUGACGCAACGCUUGCUGUUGUCGACCCCGAGACCAAUUUGUUGUGCACUUCGAAUGUGAUCGGUGAGAUCUGGGUUGACUCGCCGUCUCUUUCGGGUGGCUUCUGGGCGUUGCCAAAGCAUACUGAAGCAAUCUUCCAUGCACGACCAUACAAGUUCGAGGAAGGGAACCCCACUCCAAUCUUGGUGGAACCUGAAUUUCUGAGAACUGGCCUUUUGGGCUGCGUGAUUGAAGGGAAAAUAUUUGUUCUCGGCCUCUACGAAGACCGACUCCGUCAAAAGGUGGAAUGGGUUGAACAUGGGCAGGAAAUUGUUGAACAUCGUUAUUUCUUCGUCCAACACAUGAUUGUCAGCAUCCUGAAGAAUUUGCCGAAGAUCCAUGACUGUACUGCCUUUGAUGUUUUUGUCAACGAUGAGCAUCUUCCGGUCGUGGUGUUAGAGUCCUAUGCUGCAUCAACUGCGCCAACGACCUCUGGCGGUCCCCCGCGGCAACUCGACUCGGUUCUCCUCGAGUCUUUGGCGGAGCGGUGCAUGGAGGUUCUCUAUCAAGAACACCAUCUUCGAGUGUAUUGUGUGCUCCUUACUGCCCCAAACACCCUUCCUCGUGUUACCAAAAAUGGAAGACAAGAGAUUGGCAACAUGCUUUGUCGCAGAGAGUUCGAUGCUGGCAGUCUGCCUUGUGUGCAUGUUAAAUUUGGGGUCGAACGGUCAGUGAUGAACCUGCCAGUUGGUGUCGAUCCAGUUGGAGGAAUCUGGUCUCCUCUUGCGUUGAUGACCAGGCAAGACAUGCUUGCCAUGCAAGAAAAGCAAUACUCAGGUGUAGACUACCGCGAUGUUGUUAUGGAUGACCGUACCUCUACGCCACUUAAUAGCUUUAAAACCAUUGUUGACCUCCUUCAAUGGCGCGUUUCUCGACAGUCAGAAGAGUUGGCUUAUUGUUCUAUUGACGGCCGUGGAAAGGAGGGCAAGGGUCUUACCUGGAGGAAGUUCGACUUGAAGGUGGCUGCUGUAGCUACCUACCUGAAGAACAAGGUCAAGGUUCGACCUGGAGAUCACUUGGCGUUGAUGUACACCCACUCUGAGGAGUAUGUUUUUGCUGUGCAUGCAUGCUGGUGUCUGGGUGUGGUUGUUAUUCCUCUCGCCCCUAUUGAUCAAAACCGUCUUUCAGAAGAUGCCCCCGCCUUUCUCCAUGUUAUCAACGAUUUUGAUGUAAAGGCAAUCAUUGUUAACAGCGACGUUGACCAUGUGAUGAGACAGAAGCUUGUCUCUCAGCACAUCAAGCAGUCCGCGCAGGUUCUUCGGAUCGGCGUGCCGGCGAUCUACAACACCACGAAGCCAACGAAACAAUCGCACAGCUGCCGAGACCUUGGCUAUACUAUGAAAGAGACAUGGAUCCAGGGAGGCCGACCGGCUAUGAUAUGGACUUACUGGACACCAGAUCAGAGACGGAUAUCCGUUUCUAUCGGCCACGAUACUGUUCUAGGCAUGUGCAAGGUGCAAAAGGAAACGUGCCAAAUGACUAGCGUACGGCCGGUUUUGGGAAGUGUUCGUAGCACUUUGGGUCUUGGAUUCCUUCAUACCUGUUUGAUGGGAAUCUAUGUUGGAGCGCCGACAUACCUUGUGUCGCCUGUUGAUUUUGCGCAGAACCCCAUGUCAUUGUUCGUCACUCUUGCGCGGUACAAGAUCAAGGAUACCUAUGCCACCAGCCAGAUGUUGGACUAUGCUAUGAGUGCUAUGACUGGAAAGGGAUUCCAGCUCCAAGAACUGAAAAACCUAAUGAUAUCCUCGGAUUCUCGACCACGGGUCGAUAUAUAUCAAAAAGUGCGCCUACAUUUCGCCUCUGCCGGCCUUGAUCGAACCGCCAUCAAUGUCGUAUACUCGCAUGUUCUCAAUCCAAUGGUGGUAACCAGGUCGUAUAUGUGCAUUGAGCCGGUUGAGUUGUGGUUGGAUCUUCGGUCUUUGCGCCACGGGCUUAUUUGCCCUGUGGAUCCUGACACAGAUUCAACUGCCUUAGUCGUCCAAGACUCUGGAAUGGUGCCUGUCAAUACCCAAAUAGCCAUCGUGAACCCGGAGACAUGCACCUUGUCUCAUGUGGGUGAAUAUGGUGAGAUCUGGGUUCAGUCAGAUGCUUGUGCCAAGUCGUUCUAUCGCUCGAACCAGGACUUCGAUGUAGAGAGGUUCAACGGUCGAAUCAUCGAUGGCGAUCCUAAUGUUGCCUACGUUCGUACUGGUGACCUCGGCUUCCUGCACACGGUCACAAGGCCAAUUGGCCCCGGAGGCCAGGCCGUUGAGAUGCAAGUCCUAUUCGUCCUUGGAGGUAUCGGUGAAACAUUCGAGGUUAACGGAUUGAACCAUUUCCCUAUGGAUAUUGAGAAUUCUGUGGAAAAAUGCCAUCGCAACAUCAUGGCCGGAGGAUGUGCUGUUUUCCAGGCCGGUGGGUUAAUUGUUGUUGUGGUCGAGGUUACACGGAAAGCCUACCUGGCAUCUGUUGUUCCUGUCAUCGUAGAUGCUAUUCUCAACGAGCACCAGGUCAUUGCCGACAUUGUGGCUUUUGUGUCUCAAGGCGACUUCCCUCGUUCUCGAUUGGGCGAGAAACAGCGAGGCAAGGUACUUGCAUCGUGGGUUACUCGAAAACUGCGGACAAUUGCCCAAUUCAGCAUCCGUGACGUGGAAGGUGCCGAAAACCCCCUAGCAGAAGCCCCGCAGCAUCGAACUAGCAGAAGCUCUAAACCCGGAAGCACAAUGGGUAACAGCCUUCGACGAUCCACCAUGGUCCCAGAGAAUGAUGCUGCCACCAUUCCUCGGUCGCCAGCACCAGUACUCGAAGAAAGGCCAGAGGCUUCGAUGGUUUCGUACCAGGAUGUGCAGGAACGAGCAACAGAGCUUCCAGAGAUCAACUACCCCGAUGCUGCAUCAGGAGGAAUAUCUGCCGUUCCCCAGAUCGCGGAGCCAAUCCAGCCGGCGCCUCCGAGCAACGGACAUACACCACACCAGCUCUACGACGCUCCUACAACGAUUGAUAAUCCCGAUUUUGGCUUCAACUUUGGGGAGUUUGCCCAUUCAGCGGCCACCGUCCCACCCCUUGAUGCAAAUGUUCCAAGCGCAGUGCCAGAGACUCUCCCCAGCCACAUUCCAGUGAGACAGGAUUCCCUGCCCAGGCGCCAGGGGUUCACCGUCACAAACAGUACUCCUCAUGACCAGCCCCACCCCGAAACGCUGGAAGAGAAUGUCGAGGACUGGCCUCAGGAGGCGCUCAUGUAUCAGUCAACUCUGGACGGUUACGGACAGGCCCCAGGUCACAAUGAUCAUGCGAGAAGACAAUAUGAAGGGACCGGAUAUGCAGAGUAAAAAAUCGCGAGACAAGAUACCUUACUACGAUCUGAUACUCAAGCUCUAAUACAGAACCGCGGCAUCGUCAAAUUUCAGUUAAUAAACCCAUGCAUGGCACCCAGGCAUAAAUAUCCAGUUGGUCUAGUAAUGGCCAUUUGCAUUUUUUAUCUCUUUUUCUUUUCGGUCGGCAUGGAUUUAUUGGAUUCGGGCACACUUUGUUCAGGAUGUUUCCCUUCUUUCUUUUCCUAUAUUUUUUUAAGCUUGCUUUAUCUUUUUUUUUUCUUGUCUUGCACUAAACUGUUAUUUACUUCCCCCUUUGCUUUCCUUCUGAUACUAUUUACUCAUGAUGAAUGAUAUAUCAUGUUUCCUGUACAUACAUACCCAUCCAUAUGCAUGUG